ACACGUGGAAGGGGUUGCACGUUCCACAGGAUGUUGAGCGCCUAAGCUAUAGACGGAUAAGAUGACGUAUCUUUUGCUGUGAUUGGUUGAAUUUAAUAAACGGGGGCGGAGACUGUAAGAUGGCGGCCUACCAAAGGUGACUAAAGGGCAAUUUUCAUAAAGAAGAAAACACAGUAAAGUCAUGGAGAAUCUGCCAGAGUUACAUGAAAUAUUCAAAGGAGAGGUUGCAAGUGUGACAGAAUAUGGAGCUUUUAUUAAAAUUCCUGGCUGCAGGAGACAAGGUCUCGUGCACAAGUCACACAUGUCAUCCAGCCAUGUGGAUCGACCCUCAGAAGUGGUAGACGUUGGUGAAAAAGUGUGGGUAAAAGUUAUUGGACGAGAGACAAAAGAUGGGAAGGAGAAAGUCUCUCUGUCCAUGAAGGUUGUUAACCAAGGAAAUGGGAAAGACUUGGACCCAAACAACAUUGUUUUAGAGCAAGAUGAGAGAAAGAGGCGAGAGUUUAAGGACUACAGCAAGCAGAAAAUAACCCUGGAGGCUGUGCUGAAUACAGUGUGUCAGAAGUGCGGUUGCAAAGGUCACUUUGCUAAGGACUGUUUUAUGCAGCCAGGAGGAACAAAAUACACCUUAAUACCAGAAGAGGAGGAUGAGCAUCCUCAAGAGGAUACCAGUUCUGCAAAGAAGAAAAAAAAGGAAAAAGAGAAGAAAAGGAAAAAGCACCACAGAGAAAAGCAGGACUCUGAAUCAGACAGCUCAGAAAGUUCCAGCUCUGACAGCUCUGACUCUGGCCCAUCUAGAAAGAAAAGGAAAAAUGAAGAGAAAAGCAGGAAAACAUCAAAGAAAAAGAAAAGAAAGCACAAAAAACACAAACAUAAGAACUCUGGAAAGGGUGAAUAGGUGUGUGUUUCAUAAGCCCUUCCUUGUCACUAAUGAUCUUGUUUAUAACGGUGGUUCAGAGGUUGGGGACUUAAUAUGCAAAGAGAAGCAAUCCAUUAAUAGUUUUUUGUUUGAUUGUUUGUUUUUACUUUACAUGAGCAACUGUUUACCCCCUGAAGAGACGUGAAAUUAACUCAUCUUCAAAUAAAUGAUCAAUGUCUUUUGUAAAUCAUGAUCAUCUUCACUAUGAGAAAAUGUUAAUUUCAUAUACGUAUAUUUGUGAAUGGAGCCAUUUUGCCUGAAAGAAUAAACAUCGAAAAAAAAAAAAAAAAAAAAAA